AUGCAAGCGCAACAGUUGGUCAAGCAGGUAGAUUCAACUAUCCAAUCGCAGUUGCUAAUCCACGAAUUCAUCAGCGUGUCGAUAUACUGCAUCACCUUUUUGAGAGACGUUUUCAGAGAUGAUACGUACACUGACGCCAAGUACUACGACGUACAGAAUCCUUUGCCCGAGUCCAACUACGUGAGGACAAAAAAGUUGAAGCAGGGUGUCACGUCGCAAACAGACUCGUUAAUCAAAUGCAUCGAAGACGGCAUCAAAAGCGCGAUACAAGCCGAGUACUUGAAAGCUGUGCAAUUGGGCAUUUACUUGAACAACGAUGAUAAACAAGUGGUUGAAAGUUAUCUCUUCGCUGUUGAUUACAAGUCCAAUCUGGUCAGCUUGACCACGAGUAGCGGCACCGGUUCCGGCUUGACUGAGUGCAAUCAUUAUGACACGGUGUUAAGUCAGAUGCAGCAAAUGAUCAAGCAGUUGCUAGUGUUGACCCAGUCCUUUGAUUUGUUGCCGCGAAACAAGUCCAUUUUCAUCAAGUUGCUUUUCAACGAAUCCUGUCCCGUUGAUUACCAACCGGAUGGUUUCAAGGAUAUUAGUUUAGACGCGGCCACAACCGUCAAGGUUUGCAAGGGUGAUCAACUGACUUCGCUUGGUGAGAUAGACACUGGCCGCAACCAAAUUCAGCUCAACGUCUUUGUGGCAGAUAAGGGCACCGGCGAUGCAGUAGAAGUGGAUCCGUUUGAUUUCGUUAAACAAACCGCUGAGGUCAACAACCACGAGGGACACCAUGAUAAUGGGCACGAUGAAGACGAAGAUAUUGGAGAUGUGCCUGCUUCAUCGUUACAUUUAGACACCUAUUUGCAUUCCGACGACCCGGGACAAGGUGUCACACAGUCAUUGCAAGAUUUCAGUCUCGAGAAAUGCACCUGCCAAAAAUGUCACCGCGUAAUAGAUCCGAUUGAAUACGGCUUGAAAAGGGUUUAUAAAAGAAUCUCGUGCUAUCAAUGUGCCAUGGGAAGCGAGGUUAAUACAGACGCAGGCCCAGCAGACCCGGCUCUUGUUAUCUUGAUGAAGGGCAGAAAGCUCUGGGAUCACCUCCUUUCAAACUGCUUCCCCAGUGAGUUUCAGUUUUUUGAAAUGACAAAGCUCAGCAGAAACCCGCACGACAAAGAUAUUAUUCGAAGAUUGUUCAAUCACUGGUUCCAGCAAAACGUUUUGCUCUUGACCAAAAACUUGAUCAUCCCCGGUUCUGGCGACUAUUCAGCUGGCACUGGUCAAUUCACCGCCAUGGUUGAAGGAAUCACGGUUGAAGAUGAAGUUUUAACCAAGGGCCGGUCGUACAAUGUAAUCUUUGUGCCCAAAGUGUGCCAGACACUAUCCUAUUUGUCCUACAACAGAAACCUCGACGACGUGUAUUUCCCAACGUUUUCCAUCCGGUCUGAUUUCGCCUCGAAAAACUUGACAAGAUUCAAAUCCUUUUUAGAGGUUUCUGGAUCGGCGGUGGUGAAGGAUUCACAACCGUCAAUAGGCGCAAUUACUGCUUCUCAGGCCCAGAGUUUCCACGUAUCCAGGGCGCAGCUGCAAAUGAAGAUAAUCACCACACAUUCGGGCAAGAAUAGAGCCCGGAACACAUCUAGAGUUGCAAUAACAACACCACCACCACCACCACCACCACCAGCAGAAGAAGAAGCAUCAAAGCCCUUUAAGCGGCGGCGCGCGUCUCCGGACUUGUCACCUGAGGGAUAUGGAUGUUCGUUUGCCGAUUCAUUAGAGCUUCUCUCGCGAAAUCUGCAUUCCACUGUUGAGCAGUGGGCUAUUCCCAAGGUACCAUAUAGUGCGGCUGCGGCUACGAGAGAGUACGUAGUUCCAAAAAGAAGAAAGAUUAGUAUCAAUCGGCAAUAG